CUUUUUACUUUUGAGUAGUGAUAUUUGGAAUAUAAUAAGUUAAAGAUAAUUAAUGCAGGAGGAGUAAUCUAAAAAAGUAGAUCCUAUGGAAGCAUUUAGAAAAAAAGAGGAUUAUAGAGAGGCAUGUCAGAAAUUAGAUGGGUUGCACUCUUAAAAUAAAGAAAAUGAUGAAACUAAAUAUUUGAUGCUAUUCAAGAAAUAAGAAACUUCCCGAAAGGAUUUGUGUGUAAUAAUAAGAGUAUAUAAUGGGAAUAUGUUAUGGAUGUAAAAAAUUGAUAGAGCAGCAUUAGAUGAAAUGAUUUUAAAAACUGACAUCAAAGGAACUUAUUCAUCCUUUUGUGAAUUAAUCAGAUUUGCGAUUAGUGAAAAUUCAUAUGAUUUUGUUCAAUUCGAAGCUCAAUUAGAUAUCGUUCUAUACUUCUCCCUCCAAAGGCAUGUUUAACUAAAAGGAUAAAUACCAUUAGAUUAAGGACUGCCAAUAACAAAUGAUGAAGACACUAGAAAAAUACAAUUUUAAUUUGUUUGCGAUUUAGUCGAUGUUUUAAAAGCUACUCAAUUAUAAUUUACAAAAGAAAUUGAAGUGAAUACAAUUAGGAAGAAAAAAAAUGAAUAAAUGAUAGAUGUAGAGUAACCACCACUCCAAAAGCCUCCUCCUCCACCAAAGAAAAACUUACUUACUAUUGGUUAAGAGAUUUUGACCACUCCAGAAGUAAUACUGCCAAGAAAAGGUCCUUAUGGUAUACCCUUUUAUGGGAACCAAUAUGUAUAAUUUCCUUCAAAUGCCGAUUUAGUCAAUCCAAAUAAAAAAAAGAGAAAAACAAAUGGGGGAAAAAUUGAUUGA